AACCGAUAUUUAAAUACUAAUCUUUCUGUGGUAGAGAGUGAAAAUGUCUUCCACCAAAGUGGGCUUUCAUCUGACUGCCUGUUUACUAAACAUUUCAGAAGCCAGAAAAAAAGACAUUGUUGAGAAAAUAGCUAAAGCUGCGCUUUAUGAUGAUAAUGAACAGAAACAUUCUCAAGCCACAGUAUUUAAUAUAUUUUCUGAUUAUGAUUACAACAGAUCAGUCAUAACCAUAGCAGUUCCCAUUGAUAUGUUAGGAAAGAGGAUCUACAGCUAUGGCAUUGCUGCCUGCACUGAGGCUUUCCAGUCAAUUGAUAUGGCUAUCCAGGAAGGAAUUCAUCCUUGCCUUGGAGCAGUGGACUUAGUUCCUAUCUAUCCUCUUUUGGAUGUAGGCGUGGAGGAAUGUAGAAAAGUGGCUCAAAGCAUAGCUGAGAUUUUGACCCUUCAUGUCCCAGGAUGCAGUAUGUUUCUUUUUGGGAAAGCUGAUCAACCUGAGAAAUGAAGUCUGGUUCAGAGAAGAAAACAGCUGGGUUGGUUUAAAGGGAGAGAUUUCAAGUGAAUGGAAGUUAAACCUGAUAUAGGAGCUGUGCCUUCCCAAAGAUACGGUCUAACAGGCGUGGGAGCCAGCCCCUACGUGAUGAAUUGCAAUGUGACUAUAGACACUCAAGACCUGGCUAUAGGAAAAGAGAUAGCACGUGCUAUCUGAGGCAGCAAUACACGUGGUUUAAAGGGUGUACAGACUAUGGCUUUUCCCCACAAUGAGAAAAUUGAAAUAGCCUGUAAUUUGGAGAGCUUUGAGGAUCAAGACAAUACAAUGACUGCACAUGAAGACUCUGGGUACAUUUCGUACUGUGUUCUUGGGAAGACUUUUUCUUAUGUAUCCCCUCAAUCUACAGAGGCUCAAAUUAAAAAAUUGGCCAGCGACUAUGGAAUAAAUACUGCCGGAACAGCCUUAGUUGGAUUUACUCCAGAGGAAUGUAAGCACUGUUCCACAUAUGCAUUAAAGAAAGGCAUUAGAGAAUUCUGGAGGAUGAGGGGAGGCAUGUUCAUGUGA